CCUCACUCAACCCUCAGCCCGCACAAAGAACUGACUUGUUUAGUUGUUUACUAAUUCUCUCUCAAUUCCACAAAAACUCAUCCGAAUGGCCUCUGUAGCUUCCGCUCAUCAGCUUCUAAAGCUAGCCCUGUUUAUCUCUCUGCUCCAUUUUAGCUCUGCUGCUAGGAAUUUGGCUGCAGAGUCAGAGCAAUCCGGGCAACCAUUGUUGUUUCAGUACCACAAUGGCCCUCUUCUCACUGGCAAAAUCUCCAUCAACCUAAUUUGGUAUGGAAAUUUCAAGCCCUCCCAACGAGCCAUCGUUUCCGAUUUCAUCACCUCACUUUCUUCUUCUAACCCAACAACACCACCACCACCACCACAACAGCAACAACAACAGCCCUCUGUUGCCACCUGGUGGAAAUCCAUCGAAAAUUACUACCAUCUAGUCAGCUCCAAGUCCAAGAAAUCGUCCUCUCUUUCCCUGCAUCUGGGUUCCCAAAUCGUGGACGACAAGUACUCACUUGGAAAAUCGCUCAGCAAUCAGCAAAUCGUAAAAUUGGCAUCCAAAGGCGGUCAGGAAAAUGCCAUUAAUGUGGUAUUGACAUCAUCCGACAUCACCGUCGAUGGGUUUUGCUCUAGUAGUUGCGGGAGGCACGGAUCGUCCACCACACCAGCUUCCAUCAGAGGGAGGAGCUACAAUAAGUUCGCUUACAUCUGGGUCGGUAACUCGGAGACUCAGUGCCCCGGUCAAUGCGCUUGGCCAUUCCACCAGCCAAUUUACGGCCCACAGACUGCGCCGCUGGUUGCGCCAAACAACGAUGUAGGUGUGGAUGGGAUAGUGAUCAACUUGGCUAGCCUAUUGGCUGGGACUGUAACGAACCCAUUUGGAAAUGGGUAUUACCAGGGUCCUAAGGAGGCUCCAUUAGAGGCUGCCUCUGCUUGUACUGGAAUAUAUGCUAAAGGAGCAUACCCUGGCUAUGCCGGUGACCUUCUGGUGGACCCUAUGACUGGUGCCAGCUACAAUGCUCAUGGUUCUAAUGGGAGGAAAUAUUUGCUCCCGGCUCUGUUUGACCCUUCAACUUCAACUUGUUCUCCUCUUGUUUGAGUGUUUGAUCGGAGGAGACACUAGUUCCAUCUCGUUGCUGCGACGUGCUUACACGUUUAUGUAUAAAAAUUAUAAUAUAUGUAUGUAGGCUGUAAAACGAUGGUAGAGAGAUUAAAUUCUUUGUUUAAUUAUUCUUUAUUUCAUUAUUCCAUUUGAGUAAUAAGAUUGAGAAUUUCAUUA